CGUGUUUUGUACAUUCGUAGAAACGCACAAUUGCGUUAUCAAUGAUUACCAGCGUUGACAACGAAUGGACAAUUAGUGAAAAGCACCCAGAAACGAGAUGUAAAUUUUUCGUGCUGCGCAAAAAACGAUUUUGCAAAAUGACGGUAGGCGUUGGACGAGAGUAUUGUGGCGAACAUUCAACUUCCGUGUCGUCGGAGUCGAUGACCGACGGACGUGUGGUUUGUCCACUCGAUGCCAAGCAUACCGUUGCCGUGAGCAAACUUGAAAAGCACUUGAAGAUCUGCAACGCACGAACCCCUGAUAUGCUCCCUGCGUACAUCGAACCCGGCGUAAACAGUGCCUCCGGCAACGAGAGUUCCGUUUCUUCCGAAACACCUGUCUCACAUAAGCUGUCUACCACACCGACGGAGCAGCUGCUGGCUCUGAUCAGCAAGAUCAGCGAAAUAUUUGACGCUCACGUCGGCACUAUCGAGGAACGGUCCCCGCGCCACCCCCUUCUCGAUGGCGAGCUCAGCAAUGCACAGUACGGUCCGCAAACGCUUAAGCAUCUUACGCAGACAUCCGCCCUGCUCGGUCUGGCGGACCACUACGGAUUUCUGUGCAACGAUACGGCGUUUGUGGAGUUCGGCGCAGGCAAGGGCCAGGUGGCGUACUGGAUGGCCAGGGUGGUGCAGAGCGAAUUAUCUAACUGUAGAGUGCUGCUGAUCGAUCGUGCCUCACACCGCCACAAGCUGGACAACAAAAUCGAAGACCGCACGAUUGUGCAACGCGUCCGCGCAGAUAUCGCCGAUCUCGUGCUCGCCAAAGUGGAGCCAAACGUCCCGAACGGUCGCCGGUUGGUUGGUCUCGGAAAGCAUCUCUGUGGCAGUGCAACGGAUCUGGCGCUGCGCUGUAUGGUACGAUAUGCUAAACCAGAAGGUGCGAUGCGUGCGCGCGGUGCAAUUUUUGCGCUCUGUUGUCAUCACCGAUGCGAGUGGAGUAGCUUCGUCGGGAAACCGUUCCUACUGUCGAACGGUAUUGGGCAACCGGAAUUCGACAACAUCGUGCGUAUGGUUAGCUGGGCUGUCUGCGGGUCGGGAAGCAGCCGGGAGAGGCGCGCCGCGGAAGAAGCAUGCAACAGUCAGACGAAAUUAAACCGUUGCCAGUUGACCCAAGCUGAGCGUGAAAUAGUGGGAUGGAAGUGUAAACGGAUUCUUGAUGUUGCUCGCCAGAAAUACAUGGAACAGCAUGGCUUUGAGUCACACCUGACGUGCUACGUAACGCGCGAAAUCACGCCAGAAAAUAUUGCCCUCGUGUGCGUAGAGAAAUAAGACGGGGCCACACCGACAUAGUGUAAA